AUGGCCACAUGGAAAGAGAGGCACUUCCUUUGUAGGGACAAAUAUGUACCGUGGCCAGGGUUUUCUCCAAGACCCUACCAUAAACUGGCUGUUGAAAGACCACCAUACACAGAUGCCAAAAUCAAAGUUUGCCAGAAAAUACGUAGCCCAGUUGAAGAGGAUACCAUUUGGCAUGUCUGGGGAUAUCAUACAUGGCUGGAUGUAGGGAGGUUGCCAGCAAUCUAUCGCCCAAGACCAGAUAAGCCUUUUGACAGCAACACAUGGCGAUGGAUCACUGCCCCCAGGAAAGAAUCCACGGCUGUGCCACCAGUUCCACCUCCUUCACAGCUGGAUGGAAACACCUACAUUAAGUUCAUUGAAGGGGACGCAUUGUUUGUGGACUGGAGACAUAGAGAAAGAGUUUUGACCCAAACAAAGAAAGAAAUAAAGCAAUGUGAGCAACUCAGAUUGAGGAGUGAGUGCCGAGCACCUCCUUUGGACUAUAAAGGAAAUAUUAUGCCUCCAAAACAGUUCAGUCGAUACAAGCAUCUGCUUUCAGGGAAGAGUCCAGCAUUGCCUUGUGUCCAACUGCAGCCUGUCACACCUCCUUCUAAAGACUGCUGGAACCGUCCUUGUCCAAACCCCCAACCCCAUUACCAGGAAGCAGCUGUCAAAUUUGCCCUGAAGAACAACAGUCCAAUCUGCCCAGAGGUGGUAGAAAAAUACCAGGAACUGGCCCUUUCUGGCAGCAAAAUAAGACCAUGUACACCUGUCACCUGA